GGGUGAAGCGGGGUGCGGCAAGCGAAAAGCUUUACAUUUACAUGAUGCUCUGAUACUGGUUUCCUUGCAUUGCUAUGUGAUUGACUCUGCACUGCUGUCACAGAGUGGAGGAUGGAUCAGGUCGUAAGAGGUCACUGAGGCAGCAAGUUCUCCAGCUUUGAUGCAAGACAUACUGCCACUACCAUGGAGGGGAUUGUGACUAUGUAUCAGGACUUCAUGAAAAAAGCAGACCCCCGCAUUGCUGAUUAUCCAUUGAUGCAGUCCCCAUUCCUUGUGUUGGGCAUCCUUCUGGCAUAUGUCUACUUUGUACUCUCCUUGGGUCCCCGGCUAAUGGCAAACAGGAAGCCUUUAAACCUGAAGAAGUUCAUGGUGCUAUAUAACUUCUUCCUGGUGGGACUCUCACUCUACAUAGUCUAUGAGUUUCUGAUGGCAGGGUGGCUUACUGGGUACACCUGGCGAUGUGACCCUGUGGACUUCUCACAGGACCCCAAGGCCCUCAGGAUGGUCAGUGUUGCUUGGCUGUUUGUCUUUUCCAAGUUCAUUGAACUGACAGACACGGUUAUCUUUGUCCUGAGGAAGAAGAAUGAACAGGUCACAUUCCUGCACCUUUUCCACCACUCUGUUCUGCCCUGGAGCUGGUGGUGGGGAGCAAAGUUUGGACCAGGGGGAAUGGGAUCGUUCCAUGCUAUGAUCAAUUCCAUGGUGCAUGUGGUCAUGUACUUCUACUAUGGGCUCUCAGCAGCAGGACCUGCCUUCCAGAAGUACCUGUGGUGGAAAAAACACAUCACAGCCAUCCAGCUGGCACAGUUUGUGAUCGUCUCUGUCCACAUCUCCCAGUACUACUUCAUGCCCAGCUGCCAGUACCAGUUUCCUAUCUUCAUCCACCUUAUCUGGAUUUAUGGGACCAUCUUCUUCAUCCUCUUCUCCAACUUCUGGUACCAGUCCUAUACCAAAGGCAAACGAUUGCCCAGGGUGGCUCAGCAAGCAGCCCAGCACAAUGGUAGCAGCAUCCAUGAGAAUGGCACUGUCACCAACGGCAAGGUCAAAUCCAACUAGAGGGCAGCCUGGCCCUCCCAGAGCCAAUGAGAGCCCCGGGGCAGAGGCAGCUGGGACCUGUUCCCCUGCUCCUGGGUGCUACUAGCCAAGUCAAGUGCCUACAGACUGUUGUACCCCUGUGCCCAGCCCUGCUGUCCUCUGCAUGCCCAGCCCCUGUGCUCUGAGCAGCCGUGGGCAACUUCUCCUGCUCUUGGGAGGGCUUGUGCUGUUUCUCACUGUUGUUGAACAGAGAGACAGCUGCCUGCAUCACAACUUGGGGCUGCAGUCCCAUUCCAGUGUUUCCAAAGGAAUUUCCCCCAAGUGCCUGCAUCUGGCCCUUCUGCCUGGGGGCCGUUUCCUUCUGAGUAGGACCAAAAGAAGAGACUGAGACCGAUCCCUGUCCUGGUGCCCUCUCCUCUUCCCUGGCUCAUUAGAGCCUGCAUGGAUGAAGUGACUUGUCCCUGGUUGCUUGCUGCUGCCAGCUCAAGUGUGAGUGCUCCUGCUCUACCAUGCCUUGUGCCACUUUGUUCCAUGCCACAGUGCUGUGUGUCCCUUGUGGUCCCUGUAUAUCCAGGUGGCGGUGAGGGGGUCCUGCCCCGGUGUCUGUGCUCAGGUGUGGCUGUGGAGAAUGUAGGGGCAGCAAAUGUGUGGUACUUGAAGGCCCAGAGCUGCCCAGUACAAUACACAUGCCUUAUGCCUAGUACAGAGUGGGGUUGUGACAGCCUGAAAUGCCUCUACCAUGUAAUAAGCCCGGGCUGCCUUGCAUUUCUUUCCUGUGCCUGGGCUGAGUGCUGAGCAUGUGCUUUUAGCCAUGCUUAUGUGAUCCAGAAUAGCAGCUGGUGGCUUGUUCUGGAGUCAGGGAGGCCAAGCUCACUGUACUUUGGGUGACUUCCAUUCCUGCAAACUCAAGACUUGAGCAAUAAUUGCCACUGGAGUUGGCUACUGGGCUCUCCUGCCUGGAACUGGCUCUGCUCUGGCUGUUGUGAGCACAGGGGAGGAUGGUUGUAGUGUACUCUGCUAUGGUGUAAUGGGGAACACCUCUUGCCUUCAUGCAUCCUGCUAGGCUUGAGUGAAGAUGUACUCUGCCAUUCAGCAGGGCAGUGCAGCAGCUCUCCUGGGCCUGGUGCCUGUUGCCUGCUCUGACUAACCAAAGCUGUGUUAGUAGCCUUGAGGAUGAGGUGAAGGAGCCAGGCCCAGUCAGAUUGGGCUGCUCUUCUAUCACAAAUAAACAGACAGAAGGAGAAGUGACUCUGCCCUCUUUGUUUUCCUGGCUUGCUGUGCUAUGAAGCUGUUCCAGCUGCUUGGUCCUGCCCAGUGGUUUUGGAGGCAGGGCUGGGAGAAGCAGCUGGUGUAGCAGGUUUGUGCUGGUGGGGAGAGGGCUCUACUGUGCUGAUGCAGCAGAUGGCAGAUUGUUUCCAAGUGCUUUGGUAGAGGGGUGCUCAGGGCAGGAAAUGUGUCAAGGCUGUUGUGAAAGUGGCUCCACCCUGUUAAAGAAUGGCUGGGGUGGAACAGAGGUGUGGGCUGGGACCCACGCCAGCAGAAGCUGCUGCUGCUUUUCAGAAAUCCUGUCCUGGUUCCAGUGCAGAAUUGGGGUGGAGUGGGGAUUAGAAACUCUGGAAACCCAGGUUAUGGGGAAAACAGCAGGGAGGCCAACCAGAUGCUUUCCGAAGAGAAGGGAAAGGAAUGUUUAAAGCUGUUGCCAUCUCUGAGUGAUGCUGAAGUGCUGGUCCCUGCAGAAAGCAUUUCAGGCUGGACAGAGGAUAGUUUCUGCUGCUGCUUUCUUGCUCCUGCUACAGCAGUGUAUCUUCCUCAGAUGGGUUCUGCUCCCCUCUACCAGCUGAAACAGUUUGGCUUUUAUUCAAGGUGGUCAGUGCUGCUUUCCCCAUCACCUUGUGCUGAGUGGGAGGGCCAGGCCUGAGUGCUGACUCAACCCUGAGAAUUGAGCUGGGUAGCAAGCCAUCUUGUGGGGCAAGGAGGAAUACAUGAACCCAGCAGGCCUCCAGGUGAGUUUCACUGUAGAUUCAAUUGUGGUGAGGGCUUUAGUGGAAGCAUACCAAAGCCCUGCAGCUGGGUUUGGUGUCUGUGAGAGCUCAGUUGCUUCUGCCUUGCCUCACUGAACAUAUCUCCUAGGAGGGAGGCCAGGCUGCUGCCCUGUGUAAACACUCUUCCCUGUUCCUACUGCUGCUGCUCCUGGGGUAGGGACUGACAGGAGAGUUCUGGUCCUUGCUGAAGUGGUGACAUGUCAGCUCAGUGCUCAGAAUUCACAGCUUGAGCAGGAGGCAGUCCAGCUGAGAUGGAGUUCUGCCACUGUUUAGCUUCCUUUCCCCUCCCUGCUUCUAGCUGGCUCUUAGUGAAGAUGGGACUGUCUUUGCUUUUGCCCAAAAUAGCAACAGGAGUUUAAACUACUUACACUUGAUAUUCUAAAAGAGGGCUGUUCCUUCUGUGUGCUAUGCUUGCCCUUCCUCCAAUUGUUCCUAUUAGCUUGUGAUCUUUCCAUGGGUGGGCUGUGGAGCUUAGUAAUUUAUUCCCUGUUGGGGGCAGGCAGUUCCAAACUGCAUUUACACCCUAUAUGGCAGUUGCUGGGCUUGCUGUGUGAGCCUAGCUCCCUCCUUCCCUGCAGGGCAGCAGGACCAAUAUGGGACCAAGGGAAGAACACUUAAUCUCAUCUCCUCCCAGUAAUGCUCAGGGGACUUGUAAGAGCCAUGUAAAAGCAGAGUUUCUGGAAGCAAGUGUGAGUAUGUGCUAAGGAUGCAGGCAAGCCAAGCCCUGAGGAAGAUAAACCACUGUUACAUCGGGAUAGGUGGAAAAAAUGCGCUGGCUUUCAGGCAUGCCAAGCCUUCUUUCCAGAGAUAGGAACAGAGAUGACAAGUGAGGCAUAGUAGUGGAAGCCAUUGAACAGCAACCUUGCCUUAACUUCCAUCACUUGGGUAAGGGGGAAAGCUCUUAAAGCAGCAGCCCAGGCCUGGGAAGGGAACAAAUCGUGUGAGUUCUUCCUUGUAGGAUCCACUUGCUGCCCUGAGCUUUGCAUGUGAAGGAAAGUUGACCUUAUCUGCCCCUAGACUUCCUUUGCUCUUCCAGGUGACAAAGGGGGUGCACAAGAGUCACUCCUGUGCUCAGGCUGUGCCCUUUCUCUUCCUGCUGCAGCUGCUGUGACACCAUACUCUUUGCCAGCAUUAUGUGCAGCCCUUCUCUGCUGCCUAUGGGCUGAGGCAGUGGCUGCCUGGUACAGCACACAAUGUUAGCACCUGUCCCCACCUGUGAAGGCUUCCAUCUUAAGGGGCAGAAGCAGUUGAAACCUGGUGCAGCAUGUUACUAUGCUAACAUGAAGGUGAAAGCAGGCUCUGAGUUACACAGGCUUUGCUAAGCUGCUUUGCAUAGGCUAAGAAGUUACUCACAGCUGUGCAGUUCUCCAGGCUUCCCCAAACAGUCCCAGACUGUCCUGGGGUGGGUGCACAGUACCCUGGUGCAGCCCUACAGUAUCAGACAAUGCAGUUCUGCAUGCAGAGCAGCAUGGCAGCUGUAGCCAGGGUGGUCUUUGCUCAGGUAAAGGUGCACUGUACCCUGUGGUUUGAGACAUUCAAAGGGAGUGGAAUAUUCCCCCUAUGACUUUACUAGGGGUGAAGAGAGCUUCACAGGCACAGACUAGACACUAACUUCAUCUUGAGAAGAGUUAUUGCUGCCUACAUUGUGAAUGGUGAACCCUACAUUGUAAGCUGGCCCUAAAAACGGAGCUCUACUUCUUGCCCAGGAAACAAGAGUUUCUUGUUGAUCUAAGCCACAGAGGGGACUUUCUUCCAUCAGCUUUAAAAGGCAAAGGCAAAUUAAAGCUGUUUAUUAACACUUAAAA